AUGGCUGUUUUCCUCUCAGACCUGGUUCAAUACCAGAAGCUAUUGCUAAUGAUUAUGGUGCUAGGAAUUGGUGGAACCCACCUACCUGGUUUUCAAAUGUCUGUGAUCAAUUAUACUUCUCCGAUAAGCAAAUACAUUCAGAAGUUUAUCAACAAAAGUUGGUUGGAGCAAUACAGUUCUGCGCUGCAUCAGGACACAUUAUUGUGGUCCUUCAUCGUGUCUAUGAUGUACUGUGUAGGUGGAAUGAUAGGGUGUCUGUGUAGUGGGUAUCUGACUGCAAAAUACGGAAAGAAGACAUGUCUGCUGUUCAACGAUGUGGUCCUAAUAAUAGCCACGCUGCAUACUGGCUUCAAUAGGAGAGCCAAGUCUUUUGAGAUGAUCCUGAUUGGGCGCUUCCUCAAGGGCAUUGGUGCCGGAAUAAAUAUGAAUGCCCACGUUCAGUAUGCUGGAGAGAUCUCACCUAAGAAGUUGCAUGGAUUUGUAAAUGUGACCUCCUCUGUGUUUCUUGCACUAGGAGAAGCUGUAGCAAGAAUUCUUGGAUUAUGGUUCUUGUGCUACUCCUUCUCAUCCUAUUUUCUAUAUUUUUUUCUUCUGUAUGGCAGGAAAGAUCAGUUCCUCUGGAUGCGUUACUGCAGUGUUAUUCUCAUCUUUUUAUUCAUCAUUGCCCAUGGAAUAGGACAAGCUGGAGCCGUCACAUCUGUCAUGAAUGAAAUCUUCAUCCUCUCAACAAGGUCCUCUGCUUUUGUAAUUGGUGGAAUUGUCAUUUGGCUAGGCCCCACUUCCACUAGAAUGAUCUUCCCCUUUGCUGUCGUGCUUCUUGGUCCUUUUUGCUUCCUCAUCUUUAUGCUGGUCAUUUCAGUGGUUCUCAUCUACCAGUUCCUCCCAGAAACAAAAGGGAAGUCAAACUCUGAAAUCACAGAAGAAUUCAAAAUGUGCCAAUUUAAGAAGAAAUGUCAUCAGAGUGUGGAGAACAAUGCUACCAAAGAAAAGACAUUCUGCACCAAGCUCUGAUAGGCCACCAUAAGCAACUUCCACUGACAAAAACCCUGUCUCAAAAUCAAACUGAAAGCUAAACCUUAACAUGGACUUUUCUCAAUAAAAUGUAAUCCAAAAAGUAA